CACCUACUGUACACAUCAAACUUCACCCUAUAGGAGGCCUGUUUAGCAGCAGUUAAUCCUCCUCAACAGCUUUUAGAAGAGGAACGACACUUUUAAUGAACUAAGGAACUAUGGCGAAAACUAUUAAAGAACACCUGCAAGAUAUUUUUGAUGAUCUUGGCGAGGGAAAUCAGAAAAGGUUUAAAAGCAAACUGUGCGACCGGAAGACAGAGCCUCGCGUCCGACGAGCUGCAAUCGAAAAAGUUCGUGAUUCUUUAGAUCUGGCCGAUUUAAUGGUGAACACUUUCACAACGGCUGGUUCUGUGCCUGUAACAAUCGAAAUUUUACAGGCUAUUGGCUGUAAUGAACAAGCAGUGGAGCUCAAAGAGAACACAGGGCAGUUUUCCUUUGACUUUCAGGCGCCACUUCUUCCUUUACCAGGCCCUGGCGCUCCAUCUAAAGAGCACUUCAUCGACAGGAAUCGGGCAAAGCCGGUGUAUAACGUAGAUGCCAUCCUAGAUCAACUUCUGGUCAUCACUGAGGAGGUUUACAGUAACAUCCGUGCUGAGAAAACCCCACAAAUCAAGAUGAGAGAGUUAUUAAUGGGCCCAAUGAAAUCUGCUGGCACUAAAGGGAAAGAUGCCUUAUACAAAGCUCUCAAGGACACUGAGUCUUGCUUGAUAGAAGACCUGGAGUGUCAUUGAAAACGCCUGGAUAUUUUUACAUUUAAUGUUUUUUAUUUAGCCUACUUGUUGUCUAAUUAGUAUACAGGAUACAUAAUGAAAACAAGGAAUUCCUUUUGAUAAUAACAGCAAACAAAUGGUGUUUAAACAUUUGAACUUGCCAUUGUUUGAAUGUUUCCCAUACUUUUUUCUUUUGUCUUUGUCUUAUCUUUUUAUCACCAGUCAAUAAACAAGGAAAUCAAGAAA